GCACACCUCUGCAUCUCCCCCACACCGCACACACGAGACAAGACAAGAAGCAGAGACCCUACGCACGCACGCACGCACGCAGACGCGAGGAUGGCACGCACCGGCGCCACGACCACGACGGCAGCUGCUGCGGCGCUGCUCCUGCUGGCGCUGGUGGCCACCGGCGCCGCCGCGGUCGACGCGGCCGCUGGCGGCCAUGAGAUGACUGCUGCCGGCGGUCGCCGCGGCGUCCGGGCCCAGCCGGCGGGGCUGACGCAGUGCAUGGGCGGGUGCGGGACGAAGGUCGCAUCGUGCCUCCUUGACUGCUACAACACGGCCACCGGAGGGACCAUGCCCAUCUGCUACCUCGGAUGCACCAACCACGCCGUCUUCUGCGCCACCGACUGCACCACCCAGGGGCUCUGAUUCCCAAUCAAUCCAUCCGGCUAGCGAUGAACUAUACAUGGCCUCGAAAUGUAUGACAUCAUAUGGAGUAUCAACGCAUACGCACCGCAUGUAUAAUCCGUUCACCGCGCACAUUCCACCCCGGACCCUCUCACGUAUGAAUAAGAUCGGUUGUAAGUACUUCGUUUCAGUCGACCUGUGCGACUAGACACGAGCCUGUAUGCUGAAGUGGUGAAUAUACACAGCUUGCUACUA